AGAGCUGACCUCCAUUGUCAAGCACAAAGAAAACGCAGUGAAGGCUUAAGGCGAAGCGAAGAAGGUAAAAAGAAAUAAAAGGAAGAAAAUCGCAGCAGCAAAUCUAAAAACGUUUAGGAAAAUUGGGUGAAAGCCGAAGGCCAUGGAUGGAAACAACAGCGAGGACUUCGCAGUCGGCUGCUUGCUUUCGAUCAAGACCACAUUGGGGGACGAAUUCCAAGCCCAGGUCAUUGCCUUCGACCGCCAUUCCAACAUCCUCGUGCUUCAAGAGGGUUCAAAGUCUGGGCCUAGGAGGAACAUCAGGCUGCUGAAAGCUAAUUACAUACAGGAAUUUUCGUACCUGGGACACGCUGAAGACCCACUUGAUAUCAGCAAGUGUUACCUCGAUCUUAACAGUCUUCAAGCCAGAGAAGAAUUGGCUGUUAGGCAAGCAGAGGCAGAAGCUGAAAGAAUUGGAGUGGGUGUCACCACCGAAGCCCAGAACAUUUUUGAUGCUUUAUCUAAGACGCUUCCAGUGCGUUGGGAUAAGACUGUCAUUGUUGUGAUGAAUGAAGUGCGCGUUAGCAGUCCAUAUCUACCUGAAUCCGUUAGUGGAGGAACUCCUUCUGCCAAUGAUCGGGUGAGGAAAAUGCUGGAGUUUGAGAGGAAGAGACUACAAGCUCGCGGUUCCAGCUAGUGAUAAUUUGAUUUUACAUUGUCUAACUUCUGGGAAAAGCACCUUAGGUGACAAAAGCAAUGGGUAUGUUCCUGGUGCCCAAACUUAGUUUUGGCAAUUUGUGCAAGAACGCAUUAUCUUUUCUCCAACAUUAUCUAAAGUUGAGGCCAGCAACAGAGUUUAGUGUUUAUCUCAUAAUUGAAAUUUACCUAUUGAUUUAUCCUGCUCCUUCUGGCUCUCUACUUGUCCUUUGCUGUUAGGGUGUUUAUAUUUGGUGAUAAUUUUAUAAAAUAGUAUGUUAUUUUGCUUUAAUGGAGAUUGUGUGUUGAGAUC